AUGGCAUUUGGUCCUUGGAUUGGACCACUGCGGCUACUUUUGACGACAUGGUCUACCUUCAAGAAUUGGAUAUGGUCUUGGAUGCCUUCGUUGCCACGCCUGAUCGCUCGCCCCCCUGUUGGAGAUGUUGAAACGGGAGUAUCAAAUUUAAGCGAGGAGCAUUCGAAUGAAAUCGGACACGACAAGGUCCAUUCCAGUACAAGGGACGCUCAAGGCCAGUUUAUCUCGGGAGGGAUCACCGGGAUAGUGGAGCUCCUUGAUGAUGGGACUGCACUCAAGUCACCGUUUCCUGAUUCUGAGAUUGAAAGCCAUAUUUUAGACAUCGCCAAAGAAGCCACCAUCUAUCGUCGUAUUGGACCACACAAGAGGCUCGUUCGGCUGCUGGGUCAUUCCAGGGAUGGUCUCGUGCUCGAGUAUAUGCAAAAUGGUGAUCUCAAGACAUAUCUCCAAGCUCAUGACUCAAUAUCGAUGAGCCUCAAAUUGAAGUGGGCAUACCAAGUUGCGGAGGCUGUCGACCUCUUACAUAGGAGCGGCGUAAUCCACUGUGACAUAAAACCACGAAACUUUCUCUUGGAUACGGCUCUCGACAUCAAAAUCAUUGACUUCUCUGGCUCUUCAAUAGAUGGAUCGAAGCCGGCGUCUGGUGAGGGCACCAGAUUUUUUCUUCCACGGCACUGGAGAGAUCAACCCACAGUGACCACAGAUCUAUUCGCACUAGGGUCGACCCUUUACGAGAUCUUUCAAGGUACCAGUCCCUACGAGGAGAUACCUAGUGACGAGGUAGAAAACCUUUUUACACAGAAAGUGUUCCCUGAUGUCUCUGGUAUUCCAUGUGGACAAAUCAUCAAACAAUGUUGGCUAUCUCAAGUCCAUUCGGCCGCGCAGGUGCAGACUGCUAUCGGAUAUAUUCUUUUUCGCGCUGUCAACGUCGACUGUACCCCUCAUCUCGAUGAUUUGGACAUUGGUCAGGAUGCGUCGAUUGACCGAGCGGUCUCUCCUUAG